AUGGGGUGGAUAAAAAUCCUCAUAGCAGCGUUAUUUGUUGUUGUUUGGAGAGCUAAUGCCCAAGGGAGUGUCGGCUGUGGCAUUGGAGGUUUCUUGUUACCGAACGGAACUUGUGUUUGCCAUCGAUUCUGGACAGGUGACAAUUGUAAUGAAACUGUUUGUAUUAAUGGUGGUUAUUCACCGGACAACAAGGUUUGCAUUUGCCCAACCGGAUAUCUUGGACCACAUUGUGAUGCCGUAACCACUUCGCGACCGUCAGUAUCAACGUUCGCCAAACGAUUAACGUUCAAUACUGUGAUCUAUAAUGCAUUCUCAGACUAUUGGGGAAGAGCUGGAUUCGCUAAAUUUAAGGAGUCGGUGAACAAUCAUCUUGAGAAAUUCAAUUACACCCAAUAUAAUAUAGCUGUUUUCACGGAAGACAACCCGAACGGAUUUAAAACAACAAACACCAGUAGUUCGAAGGAGGUGUUCUUAGCUACUUUGCAUAGUCAAAAUCCCAUAUAUCCUAAAUCAUACGGAUGCACUAAUCAACCAUUUUACGCUUUAAUGUACGACUAUAUUAAGUCGUUGAAACUUCGCGACACAGCGUUGACUGUUGUCACUCAAUUCCCACCGAUAAGCGAUGAUACGGCCAGGGAUGAACUUCAACGGCUAGCCUCAGCGUUCAAUGUUCGGAUCAAUGUUAUUUGGAUAUCAGAUGAGAUAUAUGUGCGUUGUUUAUUCGAUAAUGUGAACAAACAGUACGACGAAUUUUCACAUAUAGCAUUUAAUACAGGAGGAUUAUUUGUGCCACAAAUGUAUGACAAAGAUGAUAAGCCGCUCCUCACCGAUGUUGUAAUCGCUUCGCACUAUCAAUAUCAAUCAGUUGGUUUUGGAGCGUUUGGGGAUUGCAGCAGCGUAAGGAGAAGUUUCUCAUGGCAGGCGGAUCCUCAACCUAUUCCAACGUAUCUAGUGGUAGAAGGUGCCGACGUUUCGAUGAGAGGUUGCCCGAUGAUGGAACUUCCAAACAAACUUUCAAGUGGACAGCGUAUUUUUAACGUAACAACGUCACGACAACGUUGUACACUCAUCCUAAGCAAUAAGAGUGGACACUGCUCAGCGAAGGUGUUCUUGUCCGAUGUUAGCAACACUGGCGUUCGAUUGUAUUCGUCCUUUGUCGAAGAUCCUGUCAUUGACUCAUCGAGCUAUCGACCGACCACGAGCAACAAAUUUUACAUUACAAUGAGGGCGGAGGUAAACAGUGAUACGUACAGUAUACAGCCUUUCACAAGCACCGUCUAUAGUAGCGAAGGGCAGCCUAAGGAAAUCGUAAUCGUCAACAGGACAGACGUAGCGACAUUCACUUUUGUGACGGAUGAUUCUUUCGUUUGCAACGCGACUGGCGGGUGUCAAUGGUGGUGGGCUGAGGUACGCUUUAGUGUAAUACAAAAAGGGAACGAUACAGUACAAUAUAUGCAACGAAGUAUCCCAUUUAAAUGCUACACAGAUAACUCGGCCGAUGGGACCACUAUUGGGUCAACCUUAUCCACAAAACCUAGUACUACCAUCUUCACUACCGUUGGAUCUACUUCCAGUACCAUCAUGGAUUCUACCGUAACCACUACAGGAAGCGCAACCAGUUCUACAAUAACCAGUUCUGGCGGUGGUGACACCACUAGUUCUACUAGCAAGACUACCGUAACCACACCAAAAGUGCCAAAAAAUUUCCCCCAGGAUAAUCCAAGUACAUUCGCUUAUGGGUUCGCAAAUACUCUUCCUGAGUACUAUUAUGAGACAUUCUUCGUCGCUUCGUUAAAUAAUGUGACCUCCUUGUUUGGCAACUAUGGUAUGAUAAGAUUCGAAGUGAGUAACGCAAAUGCGGUCGUCUAUCAUCCUGAGGAUACGUUAGCAGAUUUUACGAACGAUGUCUAUAACACAUAUGCUUGGGGAAAAAUAUCGUCAAGUCUGCAAUAUGUCGACUCACAGGUUCUGGAUGCGUUGGUGAAGGUCACCAGUUCAAAGAAUUUAUAUGAGAAUUCGCUUGUCUCAUUUUGUGUGGACAAGUUACCAACAGCCGCUCAAUUUACGACUCAAUAUGGAACGGUACCGUAUUCGUCGCUGGUGAACAAAAACGUCAAGACAUUAUUCUUCCUGGAUAGGAAGACAUUGGAUCGGGAAAUAGGCUAUCAAAGAACUUCGGGACCGUUGAGCGAAAUCGCAGCCUCGACCAACGGACAUCUUAUCAUUAGCGAUCAAAGCGAUCAAACCGAUUUCCUGGCGCUCCUACAAAUGCUCUACACUCAAGGACCAUCUCAAUCGUUACUUUUUGCACGUAGCGUGAACCCGUCACAAAAGCUCACCUCAUUGGGGACUAUCGAUAUCGGACAACCGAUAAACGUCACAAUUACCGUAACCACAAGCGUAUACAAUUCUAGCGAUUUACGCCCACUUGACAUAAGUUUGAUGUUCGUAGGGUCUGACAAUGAGACAGUGAACACAACGCUGUUUUAUACAAAAGCAUCAAAUUUCUACGCGAACACCGUCCUAUUGAAACCGCAAACUAUGAACGUCUUUUUUGAUAUGGCUGAUAGCGACAAGGACAUUCAUAUUCGAAUGUGGAUUCCCAGAAGCAAUCAGCGGUUAAAGGUAGGAUAUGCCGACCUCACGGACAAAAUUCUCUCUACAGGACCGGACACAAUAAAUGGAGCUGCUGUACGUGCUACGGUAUUUGGAGGUGUCCAACCGACAAAUCUGUCAAUCGAAAUUCGUGGUUGUGCGGGAAACCAGGUGAAACUCUUCGAUCGUAAACAAUGGACGCUGAUGACAGCGGCAGGAGACGCAUUCUUUGUGCCAUAUUUCUGUACGAGCGAUAAUUCACCGAUCCAGGAUUGUCCGGCUGGAACACAGAACAAAUACGACGUACAGUUCACGGGAGAUAAUGGUUUGUCCGAAAUGCGUUCAUUCGCGUGCUCACAAAGUCAAAUGAGUAUCUUGGCGAGCUGCCAACAGCAAGACAGCGACGGAAACUAUGAAUGUAUAGGAGAUCGAGCUCCAUUCUACCGAGGACCUACUGCUGUCGUAAAAGAUUGCUCUCGUCAUGGACGUCUUUACUAUGAUGUGCAAACGACGAAUUAUACCUGCGAAUGUGAUCCUGGUUAUACAGGAGAAUCAUGUGAAAUUGGCAUUUGUCAAGAGAAGAACACUCCUGAUGAAGCGGAUACACGUUACCGUACCUACACGGUAAUAAUCGGUGUAGAUAAAUAUGGUAUAGAAAGUCUUCUGUUAGAUGAUGCUGCUAUCUUCGCACGACCGAAACAGGAACCAACGACAAUUUGGCGUUAUCAGUUGAUUCUCUAUUGCAGCAAUGGAAACGUGCUACCACUUUAUAUUGGUGGCAAUUUUACGGACUUUAAUGCUGCCAUGUCAUCUCGGACCGGUUUUUGUAGCCAAGUCAAGGAUGACGAAUUUAAUCUGGCAAAUAUCUAUCGUGCUGCUGUCACUGGGCUCGGACGAUUCGUACGCGGAAUGAUCAUUUUCUACAAUGAAGCACCGUAUUUGAUGAAUGUGGAUUUGGAGGAAUUUAUUGCGAUAUCCAAGGUUUACCGACAGGAGUUAUUUAUCUAUGCUGUGGAUCCGGAAUACCCGGGUCAUUCAGUUGUGUACAAGAAUUUCAAUGAUGUACGUGAUGCAGCGUAUAUUACUGGUGGGAAUAUUCUUUUCGGUGAUUUUAAUGAUGACGGCGAGCCACAACCGAUGAACGCUUACACUGAAAUGCUCUCCUCGGACGUUUCGUUAACCGUGCACGCUAAUCGUCAGACUGGCCGUGUUUCAGCGUUUAUCGAUAGUGGUGCUACUGGAUAUGUUUUUGUCAGUAACCAAGACCAAUCAUUAAUAGGAGUUAGGAACGCCAAUGGUGCUUCAGUAAGUCCGAUACCUGUAGGGAAAUUCAGUUCGGUGUACAAACUCAACGGGAACUCUAUGUAUACCAUCUUAUGCAGUUCUCAGGAUGAUUACUCGAUCUCAGUGGUUGUCCUUAAUGGGCUCACGCCAGCAUUUUCUAUAGUUGAUGAGAGAACUGACGACGCUAAUACUGCGCUGGCUUCACCGAACAGAAGGAUCACGAAUCUGAGGUGGUACGGAUUUCACUGCUGGCGCGCUCCAGUCGAACUCGAAGUAGAAAAUAGCGCCCCGGAACGCUCCAAGCCAUAUCUUCCGGGCCCUACUGGACCAUCGAUCGUGUUCACAAUGUCAAACGGUUGGAAGGUUCAAAACAACGCGGACAAAAAUUAUCGUGUCGCUUCGCGACAGUCAUGUACUUUUGGUUACGACACUUUUACCGUAUUCUCAUCCAUGAAAAACGCUGUAAAUUUUAUUACGGUCACACUUACGAACGGUACUUCAGCGCUUCAACGAGCACUACCAAUCCCGUCAACGUCGGCUGUAGAUUGUCAAAACGGUGGCUAUGAGAAGGUCGAUAGAUGUUCAUGUCCGAUAGGAUUUUCGGCACCGGACUGUUCUCGACCCGUUUGCCAAACGGGUACUUUGAAUACAUGGGGUGAUGUGUGCAAUAGCGACCUCUGGCCUUAUGGUGGUCGUUUCUGUCAAGCUCCCUCGCCUAAUUGA